AUUUAACUUAUUUUGGCUAUUUAGUUUUAUUCUGAUCAUAAUUCACUUGGCCUAUAUUUAUUUAAUUUAUGCUAGGCCUAAUUGGAAACUAUUUUUCAGAUAACAAUAGCAAUUGCUUUCCUGCUUAUCAUCCUUACUCCUGCCUAUAUCGUACCUUAUAUUUUGAGUUUUCUGUGGUGAACGAAUGGCUCAAGUUAAUAAAGCUAAUGGAAUAUCAAAAACCUACCAAUUUUCACUCAUCUCACAGCACAAUGUAGCAACGUUUAUAGAUAAGGAUAUACUAAUUACAAUCAUAUACAUGCUUCCUGUGAGACAACCUUGGACAAUAUCAUUACGCACCAAUUCUCCUCUCGGACGAACAUUAACACAUUUCAAAAUUUCAGUUCAGAGACCUUGCAAGGACGAAUGCGGUUCUGGCCUAAUUCAAUACUCGAUCAUUAGCACGUUUGCAAUUUUACUUCACAGAGCUUACAAGGACGAAUGCAUCUCUGCUCCGAUUCAUCUCAAAUUCGACCAUUAGCACGUUUCAUGCAUAAUCUUGUUCCACC